UGGGAGCUGCUAUGAAUUAGUGCUUCAGGUCGGCGGCAGGGUCCCCAGGCAGCUCAGGCUGGUGCAGAGGCUGAAAACCAAGCCCUUGAUGGCAGAAUUCUCGGUAAAAUCCACGAUUAUUUCUCGUUAUGCCUUCACCACGGUCUCCUGCAAAAUGCUGAACAGAGCUUCCGAGGACCAGGAGUUUGAGUUCCAGAUGCAGAUUCCAGCUGCAGCUUUUGUCACUAACUUCACCAUGCUUAUUGGAGACAAGGUGUACCAGGGCGAAAUUGCAGAAAGAGGAAAGAAGAAUGGAGGUAGAGUAAAGGAGAAGAGGAAUAAAACUACAGAAGACAGCGGGGACCAGGGGACCGACACGUUCAGAGCGUCCCUAGUGAUUCCCAGCAAGGACAAGGCCUCCUUCCUCCUGAGUUACGAGGAGCUUCUGCAGAGGCGCCUCGGCCAAUACGAGCACAUCAUCAGUGUGAGGCCGCAGCAGCUGGUCGGGAAGCUGACGGUGGAGGCCACGGUCCUGGAGACGUCGGGCCUGGAGGGCCUGGAGGUGCUGCCGCUCCGCCGCAGCCGGCAGAAGGGCAGCGCGAGGGCCGAAGAUGAUUCUGGGCCUCCUCCUUCUACUACUAUCAACCAAAACGAAACUUUUGCCAACAUUGUUUUUAAGCCGAAUGUGGUGCAACAGGCCAAGAUUGCACAGAAUGGAAUUCUGGGAGAUUUCAUCAUUCGCUAUGACGUGACGAGGGAGCGGAGAGUCGGGGACAUCCAGGUUCUAAAUGGCUAUUUUGUACACUACUUUGCUCCUAAAGACCUUCCUCCUUUACCCAAGAAUGUGGUCUUUGUGCUCGACAGCAGUGCCUCUAUGGUAGGAACCAAGCUCCAGCAGACCAGGGACGCGCUUACCACCAUUCUCCAUGACCUGCGACCCCGGGAUCAUUUCAGUAUCAUCGGGUUUUCCAACCGGAUUAAAGUGUGGAAGGACCACUUGGUGCCAGUCACUCCUAACAGUGUCAUAGAUGGCAAAUUCUACAUUCACCUCAUGUCGCCCAGCGGAGGCACAGACAUCAACGGGGCCCUCCAGGCAGCCAUCAGGCUCCUCAACAGCUACGUGUCCCACAAUGACAUCGAGGACCGGAGCGUGUCCCUUGUCAUCUUCCUGACAGAUGGGAAACCCACAGUGGGGGAGACCCACGCCCCCAAGAUUCUCAACAACACCAAGGAGGCCGCACGGGGUCAGAUCUGCAUCUUCACUGUUGGCAUUGGCAAUGAUGUGGACUUCAAGCUGUUGGAGAAACUGUCCCUGGACAACUGCGGCCUCACACGGCGCGUCCGGGAGGAGGAGGACGCGGGCGCACAGCUCAUUGGGUUCUAUGAUGAGAUCAGGACCCCCCUGCUUUCUGACAUCCGCAUCGAUUAUCCCUCUGGCUUAGUGGAGCAUGUCACCAAAACUGUGUUCCCCAACUACUUCGACGGCUCUGAGAUCGUCAUUGCGGGGAAGCUGGUGGACAGGAAGACAGAUCAGCUGCAUGUGGAGGUCACUGCCAGCAACAGUAAGAAAUUUGUCAUCCUAGAGACAGAUGUGCCUGUGGAGCCUCAGAAGGCGGGGAGUGGCGCCCCAGGACGCCCCAGUUCCAGAAGUGAUGGAGAGGAGGACCCCAACCACAUUGAGCGUCUCUGGAGCUACCUGACUGUGAAGGAGCUGCUGAGCUCCUGGCUGCAGAGUGACAGCGAGCAGGAGAAAGAGAGACUGAGGCAGAAGGUGCAGGACCUGGCCAUGAGUUACCACUUCCUCACCCCUUUCACCUCCAUGAAGCUGAGGAAGCCGGGGCUUCCCGAGGACACACUGGAGGCGGCCCGGGGCAUGUCUGCUGCUACAGGGCCCGGAAUGGUGAUGCAGAGUGUGCGGGGAUCCACUAUGCAGCCAGGACCCAUGCUCAAGAAACCAUAUGAUCCAAGAAUCAAACUCUCUAAAACAUCAGUGGACGGCGAUCCCCAUUUUGUUGUGGAUUUCCCUUCGAGCAAACUCACCGUCUGCUUUAACAUCGACGGGCAGCCCGGGGAUAUCCUACAGUUGGUCUCUGAUCACGCGGGCUCUGGUGUGACAGUGAAUGGAGCCCUCAUCGGGGCGCCGGCUCCUCCCAGUGGUCACAAGAAGCAGCGCACUUACUUCCGCACCAUCACCAUCCUCAUCAAUAGGCCGCAGAGAUCUUACCUCGAGAUCACGCCCAGCAGAGUCAUCUUGGAUGGUGGGGACAGGCUGGUCCUCCCCUGCAACCAGAGCGUGGUCGUGGGGAGCCGCGGGCUGGAAGUGGCUGUGUCUGCCAGUGCGAACGUCACCGUCACCGUCCAGGGCACCAUUGCCUUCGUUGUCCUCAUUCACCUCUACAAGAAGCCGGCAGCCUUCCAGCGAAACCACUUGGGCUUCUACAUCUCCAACAGCAAAGGCCUCUCCAGCCAAUGCCACGGACUGCUAGGUCAGUUCCUGAACCAGGAGGCCAAACUCACAGAGGAGCCUGCAGGGCACAGCACAAAUCGUACAAACUCCCCACUCACUCAGGCUGAAGGAGCAUCUGAGAUGAUCCUACAGGUGAAAGGGCACCGGGUCCCAGUGGUCUGGAAACAAAGGAAGAUUUACAACGGGGAAGAGCAGGUAGACUGCUGGUUUGCUAGGAACGGUGCUGCCAGACUGAUUGACGGGGCGUAUGAAGAUUACCUGGCAUCUCAUCCGUUUGACACACAAACAACGCUGGGCCGGGGAGCAUCCACUGGUUCUGAACCCAGCGGCCUUCAUCAAUGACGGUGCACGAGAGGGAAGUAACUGCGGGGACACGGAGGCACAGCGGUCCUUGUUACCUUCGCAUGCCUCCGUUCUUACAACAAGCCACACUCUGCAGCCUAGGGCUGAUGUCUGCUGCAGCGAGGGGUAGGGCACCCCCCGCCUCCUUCCUGUUCCUUCCUCUGCAGCCCCUCACCUGUGGUAGACAAACCUGGGGACAUGAAGUGGAAAGAGUCGUAGUUAAAAGCAUGAAAGCUUCUGCCUUUCUGCCUUGUACCGUCUGGCCUAUCCAUCUUGUAGCCUACCAUAAGGUAACUCUUUCCGGCGUUAACAAGGCUGCCAUGAUACUUAUUUUCCCUGUUGAAAUGGCCAAAUUCUGCUUUUUGCAUUAUAUUCCUACCUAAGAAUCUCUCCUUUUAGUUCUGCUGUAUUCUCCAGAUGUGCCACCCCCUGAUGUCUUCCUCAACCAUACCUUCUAUUAAGCUCCAGGCCACCGAUCAUGCAAAUUGCAUAUAAAUUCGAUCAUUGUAAAUAAUUAAGAUUUUUCUUAAGAGAACAUUUUUUUUUCCGCUGUGGUCUUAUGUCCUUAAAAACUAGUUUUUAUUUUAAAACUGAUUAAAAAUAGAAAACCUACAUCCCAGAUGCUGAUCUCUUUCUAAUGGACUUUGUAGAUCACUUGAAUUGGCUGUUGGGUGUUCUCCGGUUUACGUUGGAUGUUUUUAGCUGGCCUUUCCUGGUGCUGGAGAGUUGGCCAGUCGAGUGACAGAGCUUUUACUUGGAUCUCUUCAGCAUUUCUCACAAUUCCUGGACCUUUCUGCCUUCAGCCUUCCAGGAGGUGGUUAAAGCCUAGAUCUCCAGUGAGAUGGUACUUGGAGGUGCGCCUUUCAGAAGUGACUGGGUCCUGAGGGCAGAGAGGUAAGUAGGAUUAGGUGCCUCUACAAGGAGAGACACGAGAGAUGACCUGCGUCCUUCCACCACCUGUGGAACUGUCCAUAACACAGUGAGAGUAUGGCCAUCUGCAAGCCAGGCAGAGCUUCCACCGGACACCACGCCUGCUGGAACCUUGGUCCUGGCCUCCCCAGCCUCUGGACCUGUGUGAAAUAAAUGCCUGUUGUAAAGCUGCCCAGUCUAUGGGAUUCUUGUUAUAGCAGCCAAGAUACUAAAUCAUUUAAAAUACACAUUCUUUCCCUUUCUUCAGGCCACUUAGAAUGUACACAAACAAUGCUGUUAGUAAAACUUGAAGGACUUGAGGGACCCUACGAACAUGAACCAGCAAAUAAAAUAACACAGCUAACCAAAUACUUAGAACUGUAACUUUAAAUAUUUAGUCAGUUUUAAGUAAAUCGUAGGGUACAAGACAGUUCACAUUUCAAGAGACAUUUUUCUUAAACAAAGAAACUGUAAGCAAAUGUCUAAAAACAAAUGACAUGACCUUUUUUUUUUUUUUGAGGGGAAGCAAUCAGGGCUAUUGAAAAUAAAAUGAUUCUAACUGCACUGCUUGUGUGCAGGAAUUUCUGAAUUAUAACCGUGGGUUGCGUACAUGAUGAUGGUUCCAUUAGAUUAGGGGUCAAAAGUUUUCUACUUCCUGGUAUUUGUUGACUGCACCUUUGAUGUUCAUAUGCACUUAUCUGCUCACACAGGCACCACUGUGUUACAGUCGCUUAGAGGAUUCUGUAGCCUGGAACCGAGGGGUGGUAGACUGUACCACACUGUGCGAGGGUAAUAAACAAGGCCACCUGGGCUUGUGCGUGUACAGUGAGAGUCACCUUACCACGCGUUUCUCAGGGUGGAUGCCCAUCAUUAGGUGACACUGUCGGGUGUAUAUUACACAAUAGGUAAGCAGAGUAGCGACACUGGAAGACCAAUGUUACAGUAACCCAGACCCUUGUAGAGCAGCAACUGCACGGCAGCUGAUGAACCUGCCAUGCACAUGUGACUGUUUUAAACCCCUCAGUGCACUCCCGUCCAGGGCCUCUGGUAUCCCAAGUCCGCACCACUGUAAUGGGUUGCUCUCUCGUGUUCAUUUUGCUCACCACCUGCUUGAUGCUCAGGCUCAUUUUCCCCUCGGUGGGUACCAUUUCUAGCUUGUGGUCCUGGCAUUCUCACCUUCAGCUCUGAGUGGUCAAGGCAAAAGAGCCCAGUGUAUCUACAUUAGAUUCUGAAUAGAGCAACACCCGAUUAGAACUCAAACGGACCUGAAAUAAAUAUGGGGGAGCCACCGCUGGUAGACUGUGGUAAAAAGAAAACAUUCACUGAUAUCCAGAACUUCAAGUCAACCUUUCUGGGCUUUGGCCUUUUUAGUCAUAAAAAUGAAGAGCCUAGACUAGGUAGUUUCUUCUACUAUGCUGCCUUUUUUUUUUUCUCUGCAGUAUUAGGGAUUAAACUCAGGGCCCCAUGUGUGCUAGGGAAGCCCUCCACUACUGAGCUAUAUCUCCGGCUUCUUUCUUUUUUCUUGAGGGUCUCACUGAGAUUUUAAGUUGCCCAGGCUAGGCUUGACUUGUGACUCUCCUGCGUCAGCCUCCCAGAGUGCUGGGAUCCUAGGCAUGCACCCCAUACCCGAUUUAAUCUUUUUUAUUUUAUUUGGAGUCAGAGCCUCGCUCAUUCGCCCAGGCUGGCCUUGACUUUAUAAUCCUCUUGCCUUAGCCUCCCAAGAAACAAGGAUUACAGGCAUGCACUAUGGCACCCAGCUUGGAUUUAGGAUCCUCUGACCUUCAUCUUCCGCUUCCAGAUGAAGAAACCUCUGACCUGCCACGUGAUUGGCAGACGGGUCUUCAUCCAGCGACCCAGCACACUCUGAGACCUGGUGUGCCAGGCCGGCGGCCCAGAGCAGAACAAAGGCCCUACUGCCCCAGAGGCUGCAGUUUAAGGCAAGACAAAGGACGCAGAGGAAGAAGCAGGUCAGUGAACAGGAGCACACUGCAGAGGGUUGUCAGCCAAGCACAGAGGAGAGACAGUAACGGAGACAGGAGUUAGGGGUCGGAGAUCCUUCCCAGGACAGAGCGUGAGCUAGGCUGCGAGGAGGAGGACCAUGCGCAAACGCAGCGCUAGAAGAUACUUUCUGUAACGCUUGGCAGCCCCACGCACGCUCGAUCUAGAAGCAAUCUCCUUGCCCCGCUCUGCUCAGACAGCGCAUCAUUGAUUCAGUGGUUUCUGAGAACCCACACUUGUGGAGUUCUAGGGCCCCCUUUCCCGGGCCCUGUGUCUGAAGGUCUCCAGCCAACACUCACCUGGUCUGUUUCCUUCCCUCCUGCUCCCAGGGUGUGGAGAACGCCUAGGAGACUUGCAGGACUCUAGCAGGGGGGUCCAUUCGGCACACAAGCUCCUCUGGCGUUUGGCGCACUGCAGUCGCCAGUGUCCCGGCUGGAAUGGCUCCUUUGUUCCUGCCGUAUCCAUGGCAUUUCUGACUCCAGUUUUGCUUAGAAAACUGAGGCAGGAGCCCCUGCCUGGAGCCUUCCUCCUAUCAAGGGGACUCUCUCUUCACGGCUCCAUCACCCCCACCCCCCGUGUGUCUGUCCUUACUCUUGCUGAUGCCUUCCCACCAUCCUCUGGGUGGUGGCCUCAGUGACUCCCUCUAGCGUCUUGUUCCCCACCAGGUAUGUCCCUCUUGACAUCAAAUGCAGGUGAACCACCUCUUAUCCAAAGUGCUUGGGACCACAAGUGCUUCCAAUUUCAAGACUUCUUAAAAUUUCAAGCUAUUUGCAUGGAUUUACCAUCGUGUCAGCACUCAGACAUUUCAGAUGUUGGAACAUCUCAGCGUUGGGAUUUCCUGAUUAAGGGUGCUCAAUGGGUACCAUCCCAAAAGAGAUUCCUUCCGGCUGGAAACUCUUCCCUUUUGGCUUCUCUCUGCUUUACUUCAGUGGCACAUUCACUCCAGUGGUUGGUAGCUGAACUCUCUUUUUCCUCCUCCUGCUUGGUUGCUUAAAUCCCAGUCCGAUCGAUUCCAGUGAGCAGCGUUGUCAGCCUCCGCUGUGUGACUCUGGUAGUCUGCUCUCUUUUGUAAAGUGCUGGAUCCUUUGGCUUCUUUUAUGUGGUUCUCAGACCCUUCCUACCUUCUUAGCCUCCCUCUAUGGAUGCCUUUCCUCCUGCCAACCUGUGUACUUGCCUUGAGGCUCCGCCUGGGUCCUCUGUGCUGUCUGCCUUAGAGACGUCUUCCAGUCACGGUCUCCACGCAUUAGUGCCUUCGGCAUGCGAAGCUGCAAUGUGGGCUUCUCUCUCAGUGUCACCCCUGUCGUCAGCCUGGCUCCGUUUUAAACUCAGGAACCGAAGCAAGCUUUCUAGUGUCAAUGUGGGUAUUUGAGGGUUGAGAACCCAGGGGAACAGAAAAGAGAAGUCCCUGCCCAUCCUUCACUGCUUUGGGUGUGGCAAGUGAGGAAGGAGGUAUCUAUCCGGGUUCUGGUGCGUUUCACAGGAAGCCAGCCCCAAAUUAACUUCUACUGACACUGUGUACUUCCUGAAAAUUCCCGGUUAGUCAUAUUAUUUUCUCAAAACAACAGCUGUGUUUGUGCACGAGAAAACCCAAUGUUCUAAUGGCUCAUCAGGAAUUUCUGCUUAUGUAAGUCAAAAAUCACACGUGCUAAGUGUAUCGACAUGCUCAAGAACUUCACUGAACUAUGAAUGUAAAACAUUGUAAAUGCAGUUUAGUUCACUUUUAAAUAAAUUUUAUGAGAAAUAAAAGCAA